AUACAAAUACAUCUUUAAGGAAUUUAUUAUAUAAAAGAUUAUUGAAACCAUUUCAGUUAUUGAAGAUAUUUUGAAGACGUAUCAUUAUGAAGAUGCUGAAAAUAUCUUAUAUUCUAUUUUGCGUACUGCCGUUGAUCUUGGCAAUACCAUUUACGGAACAGGAAAAUGAAUUGCAUGAAAAUCUUCAUUCAAUAUUUGAUAAAGUAUUAAGUCCUGAAGAAUUAAUACGCAAAGAGGGUUACACUGCUGAAACUCAUCAAAUCGUGACGGAGGAUCGAUAUAUUUUAGAUGUCCACAGGAUCUCAGAAUCCCCAAAAAGUUCGACUAAAAACAAACCAGCAGUAUUACUUGUCCAUGGAGUGUUUGAUUGUUCAGCUACGUGGCUCAUACCAGGACCAGGAAAGGGUUUAGGUUUCUUGUUAGCAGAUUUGGGAUACGAUGUAUGGAUGAUUAAUGUGCGUGGUAAUCGAUACGCACGAAGACAUUUAGAUAUGAAUAUUUCAGAUAAAAAUUAUUGGAAUUUCAGUUGGCAUGAAAUUGGAGUGUACGAUAUUCCAGCGACAAUUGAUUAUAUUCUUAAAAGAACUAAAAAAGAAAAGAUUUUUAUCAUAUCGCACAGUCAAGGUGGUUCGGCUUUCUUUGUAAUGGCUAGUGAGCGUCCAGAAUAUCAAAACAAAAUUAUCGCUAGUUUUUCUAUGGCUCCAGCAGUUUUCAUGUCAAGAACAAAUAAUCCUUUAUUUCAAAUAUUAGCUCCAUUUAGUAAUGAUAUCAAGUGUUUAACAAAAUUAAUAGGCUUAUAUGAAUUUAAACCAUCGAAUAAACUUAUACAAAUGCUUGGAAAAAAAAUGUGUAAGGAUGGCGAGUUGUUGCAACCAAUAUGUCAAAACAUCGUAUUCCUGUUUGGUGGUAUCGAUAAAGAACUUAACACGACUCUAUUGUCUCUCAUUACUCAAUAUGAUCCUGCUGGUUCAUCUGUGAAUCAAUUUGUGCAUUUUGCGCAAUCAAUUCAUUCAGGUAAGUUCCGGAAAUACGAUUAUGGCGUUAUUGAUAACUUGAAAAAGUAUGGUAAAAUUUAUCCUCCUGAUUAUGAACUUGCUAAAAUCAAAAUACCGGUAUAUUUGUAUUAUGCAGCCAACGAUAUAUUUAUCAAUGUUGAGGACUUGAAUGAUUUAUAUAAGGCAUUACCCAAUGCUCAGAAAUUUUUAGUACCUUCUAAAACUUUUGCCCAUCUUGAUUUUGUAUGGGGCAAACAUGUAGACGUUUUGGUAUACAGCCAAAUUUUCGCUUUUAUGGAACGAUACAAAAAAGAACAAUUAAUUUAAUGCCUAUAAUUUAUUAUUUAAAAUAUAUAUUUUUAAAUUAAUAAAAAUAUAAACAAUAUAUGAUCACAAA